AUGUCUGGCUAUCGACAAGUCCAGAACGUUUCCUCCCUAGUCGCCACAAUUGAGUCUCUUGAUGGUAACGCAGCAGUGUUUCCCUGCUGGCAAUCUCACCUCAAGGACGUUCUGGCUGUUCGUGACUCCAUGGUCUACACAGCAAUUGAAAUGUCCUUGGACAACGCUAUCAGAGCCUUGGAAGCACAUGAGGUCAGUCUCAACAGUACCAACCAAUCUGAUAUUGUUGCUGCCGCUUCGGCCAAACAUUUUGCCUGCUCCAACUGUGGCAAACUUGGCCACCAAUCCUCCAACUGCCAGAAGAAGAACCAUGGCAAGACCAAGGCUGGUGCCCCAAAAACUGUGAAGCUAGGCGGGUACAACUCUGGAUCUUUUGAUGAUGAAGAAGAAAUAGGUGUCAUCUAUGAGUAG